ACCUUAAAGGCAACAUUAUUUUAUACCAACUAAACUUUGGAUCAAACGUUGACCAAAUCUCAAAAUAUUCCCACUGAUAUCACAUUUCUUUUUUCUUCUCUGAUGACGACGAUUGAAGAACUGUUUACGUUGGCGAUUCAAAGUUCAUCCAAAGAUCCACAGAAAUCAAGAAUGGUGGAUAAAGCUCUGAGUAGAGAACAUAUAUCACAUGAAACUCUAGUUCUCUCUAUUCUUAAUGAUUUGUUUCUUUAUUCUCAAAAUCCUUGUUUGCGCAAAACAAAGAAUUCAGAUUCGUGUAGCUUAAAUUUUGCCAAAGUUGGAACCUUUACUUCAAGAUCCAAUGAUAUAGCUCCGUUGAUCAAUAAAGGCAAUAGCUUUGUUACUGGGAGUAACUCUGUAAUUGUUAGGACAAGAGUUGGAUUAGAUGUUGGUCAUCUUGUUAAAGGCAAUAACUUUGAUAAUAGGAGUAACUCUGUAAUUGUUAGGACAAGAGUUGGAUUAGAUGUUGGUCAUCUUGUUAAAUCUGCAUUAGCUGGAGGGAUUUCAUGUGCUUUCUCUGCUUUUCUUAUGCAUCCUGUGGAUACUGUCAAGACACAAGUUCAAGCAUCAACAACAUUGUCUUUUGUGGAGAUAUUGUCAAAGAUUCCUGAGAUUGGUGCUCGAGGUUUAUAUAAAGGCUCUGUUCCUGCUGUUGUUGGUCAAUUUGCAAGCCAUGGUUUACGAACAAGUAUAUAUGAAGCAAGUAAAUUGGCGUUACCUCUCGUUGCUCCUUCUCUCCUCGACAUUCAAGUUCAGUCAAUCGCGUCUUUUCUUGGCACUGUUUUGGGGACUACACUGCGAAUACCGUGUGAGGUAUUGAAACAACGGUUACAAGCUAACCAGUUUGAUAACAUAGUGGAAGCUACAGUUUCGACUUGGAAUCAAGAAGGGCUCAAAGGACUCUUCCGUGGGACUGGUGUUACACUUCUACGCGAGGUUCCGUUUUACGUUGCUGGCAUGGGACUUUACAACCAAUCAAAGAAGGUGGUGGAGAGACAAUUAGGAAGAGAGUUAGAGCCGUGGGAGGCCAUUGCGGUUGGAGCCUUGUCCGGUGGUUUCACUGCUGUCUUAACAACGCCAUUCGAUGUGAUUAAAACUAGAAUGAUGACUGCUCCACAAGGCGUAGAAUUUCCGAUGUGGAUGGCUGCUUAUUCCAUACUCACACAUGAGGGUCCUCUGGCUUUCUACAAAGGAGCUGUUCCAAGGUUCUUCUGGACUGCUCCUCUUGGAGCCUUGAACUUAGCUGGCUAUGAACUUCUUCAAAAGGCUAUGAUCACACCUGUGAAUCAGUCAGUGCAUAGUGACUGAGUUUUGUUUUACUUAACAUAGCUACUAUUGGAGUAUCAUUCUUUCUUAUGUGUUAAUUGUUGAUCGUAACUUCUGGUUAUUCAGUUUGCCUGUAAAACUCAACCACAGUAGCUAGUAAAAAAAUCAAUAACAAGUCCAUAAAUUUAACUUAA